CCUCGUCUCUGCUUGUGCGCACUCUGAAAAAGAGGAAAAAGUUGAUGAUGAGUUUAGUGUGAAAGCGGCCCGCCUCGGAGCAGGCUAACCGUCCAGGAUGGCAGUUUGGACCCGUGCGGAUAAAAACGGUCAGCUGGACCUUCUGCUCCGCGACCGCUGGAUCCGAGUGGCCGCCGAACUCACCCGAGAAACGCUCACUUUAACGGCCGAAGCGGAGGUGACCGGACAGGGGGGGAACCACUGGGACUACAACUCUUCGGCGGGCCUGCGAAAUGGUAUGUCGAACGGAAACGACCCGGGAACGAGUCCGGGGAACCCUGGUCGCGGGGCAUCCUCGGGUCAAGACCAACUUCAAAACCAGAACCACGGGGGUCGGGGGCGCAGUGGCAGCCCAGGACGCGGAGCGUCUAGUCGGGGUCAAUACGACGGCAACUAUGCUCUAAACAGCCCCGGAAAGUACCCAAAUAACGGCACGAACUCAGACUUUGGAAGCCCAGGCUCCAGCUACGGUAGUCCCGGGUCCAGCUUCGGGUCGAGGCAGGGCGACUUUCCCGUCAGUGUGGACGGUUCCUCAGAAGCAGUGCGGAAAGUACGAGUUGUCAAACAGGAGUCUGGCGGGCUGGGGAUCAGUAUCAAGGGGGGACGCGAGAACCGGAUGCCCAUUCUCAUCUCCAAAAUCUUCCCGGGGCUCGCUGCGGACCAGAGCAGGGCGCUCCGGGUGGGGGAUGCGAUUCUAUCGGUGAAUGGUAACGACCUCCGGGAGGCAACCCACGACCUGGCGGUGCAGGCGCUGAAGAAGGCAGGAAAAGAAGUGACGCUGGAGGUGAAGUACAUCCGUGAGGUUUCUCCACUCUUCAAGAAACCGUCCCUUGUAGCUGACCUGCCGUGGGACGGGGCCCGAGCACAGUCACCCAGCUACAGCGGUAGCGAGGACUCCGGUUCACCCAAACACAGCAGCUCAUCCUCCAAAGACAGAAAAGUCAUCAGUCUGAAGAUGUGCUUCAUCAGCAGGAACCUCACCAUGCCAGAUCUGGAGAACAGACUGCUGGAGCUUCAUUCCCCGGACGGCCAGCACACAGUGGUGCUGCGCUGUAAAGAUGGCCCCUCUGCCAACUCCUGGUUCACUGCCAUCCACACCAACAUUGCCGCCCUGCUGCCACAGACGCUGGCUCACAUUAACGCUUACCUUGGAGCCUCGUCUUCAGCCUCCACACACCCCCAUCUGAAGCACAUCGGCUGGCUGGCUGAACAGGUCCAGUUAGAAGGUGGACGGCAGCAGUACAAGCCGGUGGUCAUGGCUCUGACAGAGAAGGACAUCCUGCUGUUUGAAUCAGUGCCGUGGAGCAGAGAGUCCUGGUCCAUGCCUCUGCUAACACACCCGCUGCUCGCCACCAGAUUGGUUCAUUCUGGUAAUGCCCGAGGUUCUCCUGCCCAGGGUGCUGACCUGGUGUUCGCCACUCGGACGGGCACAGGGCGGGGCAUCGAGUCCCAUGUCUUCCGAGUGGAAACCCACUGGGAUCUGUCUUCAUGGACGCGAGCGCUUGUGCAGGGUGCUCACGCUGCUGCUGAGAUUAUCAAGGAAGUCUCCAUCGGUUGCACCUUGAACAGACAGGAUGUCCGUCUGACGCUGCACUAUGAGAAAGGCUUCACUGUAACUAGGGAGCCAGUAGAACCUACAGGGGGCGCCGUGCUGUACAGAUACCCUUAUGAGAAGCUGAAAAUGUCGGCCGAUGACGGAAUCCGGAAUCUUUACCUCGACUUUGGAGGUCCAGAGGGAGAAAUGGUGUUUGACCUCCACUCUGGCCCAAAGCCGGUGGUUUUCGUCCUCCACUCCUUCCUGUCGGCCAAGCUCACUCGCAUGGGCCUGCUGACGUGAAACAACAAACUACAGCAGCGUUAACUCAAAGACUGGGCCAAGGCACAGCAAGGGAGACGCUCCCUAAAUGAUGAUUCUGGUGGAUGUUUUUAUAUUUUGUUUUUUAUUCUUCCUUUUUGCAGCAGAGGAAAGAGUCCAGUGGGGCUGCUGGGAAGAUUUAACCCACAAUGUGUACUGUUGAUUGUCUUAAAAAUGUGCCUUCUUUCAACAAUGGGGUCAGGUGAAGGGAUAUACCAGGCUCUUUGCUUGAAGUCACAACAUGUUAGGAGACAUUUACAAAAGAUAGCUUCUAACAAUCAGAUUACUGUUCAUCUGGUUAUGAUAAAGAAAAUAUAAGCCAAGGCAAUGUGUUGUUCUUAUUAGCAGAGCACUUCAAGCAAAGUGUUGCUGACUCAAGUAAAGGAAAAGAAGGAUUUUUUAGACAGUUAAUCCAUGGCGAAGCACAGACUGGUGAAUAUUUCCUGUUUUUGAUGCCUAUCAUUCCAUGACAGCCUUCCAGUGUACUUUUAAUGUCUGCGUGUGUCAGAGUGUUGACAUGUGAGAGAAAGAGGCUGUUUUAGAGUCAGAAUGCAGUUCAUUGAGAUUGAGAUUGUUUGAAUGAAACAAAGUGAGUCUUUCUUCUACACGCUUCUGUUGGCUUGAUAGUGUGCCUAAUAGACUCACCUUUUAGCACAUUAUCCUAAACUAUUGUUAUUAUCAGGAUUGCCAACUGUGCCUUUCUCCAUGUAGUCAAAGACUUUGUAAUUUUUUCUUUUUUAUUCUACACAAUAAGAGAAUUUCAAGUUUCCGAACAUACACAAGCAAUAGUAUUACUCUUAAAGUGUAAACUGUGUUAUUCCGUUUUUAUUAUUUGUUUUUUAUAAGUGUAUAUCUCAUGAUAGCAUGACUUCCUGACAUUGACCUCUGUAUCAGAUGAUGGUAUAUGACCUGAUCGUGUGCUACUUCCUCUUAUUGACCUACACUACCACAUUGCCAUCUCAGUGUCACUAUCAUCACAUUCCACUCUGCAUGAGAUUACUCCUGUUACCAUUCAUCCAUUCAUACAGCAGCUUUUCUCUGACUGAAGACUGUUUGACAAGUCAGGUCAUCAAACAACACAGCCUACUAUUGUGUUUUAAUGAUCCUGCAGGAACAUCACUGAACAUGUUUCCUUACAUAGUCCCCUCAGAAAGCACAUAAGAGUUUGACAAAUUAUCUUUGCUCCAGGUCCACUUUCUUGCUUUUGUGCUGAGCUUUCAGGCUCCUCUUAUAGUCUUUGCUCAGUUUUCUAUAAAACAGCUGAAUAAGAAACAUGAACCAGAAUCAAUCCAAUUAUGUUCAGAGCAGAAAAAUAUGUAAUUGAAUGUUGUAUAUUUAGUCAGAUAUAUAUCUGAUCAGGCUUGCUAAGAAGAGGAUGUGGCAUAGUUGCAGUUUGGCCUGGUAGAAAUCCAAUCCACUGAAGUCUGAAGCUACAUUCACACUGCAGCUUAAAGUGACACAAAUCUGAUUUGUUUGUUUGUUUUUGCUCAGCGACAGUAGCUGAUUUUUUUUCUGACAGUGUGAACAACACAAUUCACACUGGAUCUGAUCUUUUCAUAUUAGUUUCAGGCCACUUUCAAAUGUGGCACUAAAUCAGAUGCCUAUCUGAUAUUUGGAAUUGAAAGAGGUGAACAACUUUCUAAUGGUCUAAAUCAAAAAUUCUGUUACACGUAGAUCUCAGUGUUUUCACAUCUUUACCACAACCUUAUUCCAACAUUUCUAGUGUGUUUAGGCACAUAGUUUGGAUUUAACUUUACAGGGACUUUAAGCAUUAAGGCCUCAGUUUGAACGUAGCCUUAAGCUGCAGUUUGAAAUAAUGUCCAUUGAAAUGAUCAGAGGUGUUUGAAGAUAAUGUCUGUCAGGUUUAUUGUGAUAAGUCAAACUUUGAUACAUUACUAGAAAAAAAAAUUUUAAAUGUCAGUAUCUGUUUUGGUACUAGGGCAACAAAAAUAGGCCCCACGCAUCAAAAGGGUGUUGUCAUGUUUUGAAGUGACAAAAUUGCUUGGAACUCCUAUACUUUGUCUUGAUUGCUAUUAACUUUGGAAGAUAUUUUUAAUUUAACAUCAGUCUAUAGAUUAAAAUGUUCAUUAUUUUUAUUCACAAUUAAGUCAUUCACUCUUCUAAGUUUUAGUCUGGUUUUACUCAAAAAAAAGUAUUUUGACAUUUAAGUCCAUAGAUAGUCCUUAUAUUUUAGUAUUUACUUUAAGUCAGAACAGUUGUUUUCUUUGUACUAAUGUAAUCACACAAAUUAUUAAAUGAAUAUCAACGUAAAAGACCCUUAUUAAUGCACAAUCAACACUUUGCAAGAAAAAAUACUGACAUAUUUUGAAUGCACUCUCACCUCAUCUCUGCUUGUGUUUUGACAAUAUAUAUGCACAGUGGAUAUAUAUCAGUGUCACUUUUAAUGUCCAACAGUCUAGCACUGAUGUUAUUGUCUCAUUUUAGUCUCUUGAAUGAUUUUUACCAUCAAAGAUCUAUUUUUGCUGGUCUUAGUCUUGUCUUCCUCAUGGAAAAAGGUACAAAACAAACAUUUUAGUCAUAUUUUAGUCAAGGAAAUUAACACUGUUCCACAAAAACAUCGGCAAAAUUUGCUACCUAAAUGUUACCAACAUAUCUGUGCAAGUUAGAAAUCGUGCCAAUAGUUGCUUGCAAUUUUUGAUGGAUUUCGCACCCUCCCUUUGCACCUGUCGCAAGAGACAGAUGUCAUUUUCUUAACGCUUUAGUGCUUUUCAGCAGUAUCGAUUAUUUAACUAACAUAGAUUCUAUCAUUAUUAUAUUAUUGUUAACCAAAAAGUAACCAAGUUCUGACCGUUUUAAAACCUUAAUUGUUGCUGUCAACUGUGAAUGUUUAUCUUUCUCUGACAAUUUCCCAUUAAAGUUGUUUGGAUUUAGUCUAGAGCACCUGAAAAAAGUUUGUAAAUGGACCUGGGGUAAAAUUUUAUUUGUCAAACUUGUCUUCCAAAGCAACAAGCUUUAACCCUAUUAAGACAACUUGUAAAAUAAUCUACAUCUAGCGAAUACUGUCAAUAGUAAGUUCAAUUUUCCUGCAUUAGGUGUAUGUUUUUAAUGUUAAGUUAAAAAUGGCUAAACUAAUUCUAAAUCAUUCCUCCAAAUUAUCGGUUCAGCCCAGUGCCUGUGAAGACUUUACUCAUUAAUGAGGUCAUCAUGACAGUAGUGAAAUAUUUUCAUAACCUUCACAUGCAUGUUUCUGAAGUGACCCCUCAAUAGAUCCUUUGUUUUAUUUUGGGCCUCAAACAAUGCAGUGUUGUGUAGCAGGAAAACAAGAUAACCCCUCUGUCCUCCAGUAAAGGACACAGCAACCAAUCUGGACUCUGAUGAUGUCCUUCUGAUAUUGAAUUAUAUUUUGGUCUUUUUAUUGAAGAUGAAUAGUGUAUCCAUGUAGUUUCUAUAUCUAUAUAGGUCAUUUUUAAAGCUGUAGUUAAUGAGAGGCUGUGCUAAAGGAGAAGCAGGCUUUUUUGCUUCCCUUAAAACAUGUACAAGGGCGGUUUGAGUUAUAUUUAACCUCCCAUAAACUCUUGUUCCUUCAACAUUUCAAGCAAUGCUUUGUGUCCAUCAUUUCAUGUCAAUCAUGUUUCUGCACAGAUCUGAUUUCUGUUACGUUGGUCAGCUUUUAACAAGUUCCACACCAUUCCUCUUUCAGAUUAAUGCACUAACCUUUGAAACCCCUUCAAAUCUUUGAAUGUACACUUUCGGUUCCUCCUCUUUGAGGUCAUUUAAUCCUACUUUCCCCUCUGUUCUGAACUCAUGUCUAUCCUGUCUAUGCAAAGCAAUGCUUCAAAGAAGAGGUUUUAAACCAAAGGUAAUAUGUCCGUGGCAGCUUGCGUCCAACACAAUCCUUGAACUGAAAAGUUUAAAAAAAAGUGCUGCUGCUGCAAAAAUUCAGUCAUAUGCAAAGUAUUUUAGGCAUCCUUCCAAGAUACAGUUCACAAUGUAUGAUAGCAGUGUAAUAAUCUCUGAUGUAAAUAUCUAUAAAUAAAACUGUUACAAAUAA